AUGCUUUUGACUAAGAUACUAGCUUCCUUCCAGAUCUUGCAUUACUAUAGGUGUUCAGCUCAGCCGGUUUCACCUUCAGGAAAGCUGCUCAAGAGGGCUGAAAAUAUUGGUGCAUGUAAUCAUGUUUCACAACUUAUUCACCCUACCCCAAGGGCCCCUCAUCAUGAAGGGGAAGGAAAAUUGAUCCUGGAAUCUGAAAAAUUAGAUGGGAGUGAAAACAUCAAAAAUGUAGACUCUGAUGGGGCCAAUCACUUAGGAGCAUCUGCAUCUGAGGUUCAGGAUGAUAGAACUAGUCCUGCACCAAAUUAUGCAAAAUUUUAA